CCCCUCCCCCCCCAAAUAAUGACGACCUCACCUUUGUUGUUGGUGAUGAUGAUGUCGUGGUGAAAAGGCGGCAUCGGCGGGCACCGUUGAGAGAAAAAUCUCGUGAGGGAGCUGUGUGAGAUGCUGCUGAGCGCCCAGACAUUAGCCUGCAAGUAUUGUCAAAGGUGCAGAUUAUCCUCCCGGAGAUUCUUCACAACAUUGCACAGGUUCGGCAGUACCACGCACUACGCUAUCCUUGGAAUCAAACCAGAUGCCACACUCGAAGAGAUCAAGAAGGCUUUCCUGGAGCAGUCAAAGAAGCUUCAUCCGGACAUCGACUUGUCCAACCCCAACCUGCACACCCAGUUUGUAAGGCUGAACGAAGCGCACAGCGUGCUGAGCAAACGUAGCAGUCGAUUAGAAUACGACACGCAGCUCAGACUGCAGCGGCAUGCCUCUUUCGGAAAACCUUUCAAUCCACAGGCCCGUGGCAGCCAGGACGACCCUUUCUUCUACCAUGUGGACCCAACAUCAAGCUACGGCUUUAAGAAGUCUGAGCAACAGCGGUACGGGGAGCAGUUUUGGUACCCGACGGAAGGGGAUACAGCCUUUCACGGUGAAAAGAAGCGCAAGAGGAAUCUGAAGACUUUUGGUUACUGUGUCCUCAUCAUGUUGUCUGGAGUCUUCAUCCACUAUGUUGGUUUCAGGAAACUCGAAGAAGUCCACAAAAGCUUCAUGGACCACAAGGACCGAGUUAUAACGGACAUGUAUAACGAAUCGAAGGAAAGAGCAAGGCUUAACGGCUUCAAGAAGCAGCAAGAGAUACUCCGGCAGAAGCACGCCAACUUCAUGGAGAAGUAUGGGCCGAAGAAACAAGGGGGCGAUGAUGAAUAAAGCUUGCACAGUGCCGCAACGAUAGCGUCCGACUGCAGUGAUAUUCACCUGACACUGCCACUGCCAUCCUUUUGGCCGCUGAUCGCUGCCAAGGGAGCAUGAUCCAUUUGCUUUAGUACAUUCAGUCUCGGGAUGUGGGAGUUUGUAGCAAGUCUGGGAUUGACUUCCCUGCCCCUUUCGCCCAGGCAGUGCCAGCAUUUGGUAUUGUCUGCGACAGUUUUGGAUGGGAGACAAAAAGUGCUGGAGAAACUCAGCGGGUGCAGCAGCAUCUAUGGAGCGAAGGAAAUAGGCGACGUUUCGGGGCCGAAACCUUUCUUCAGAUUUUAGAUGGCCAGGCUUCUUGCUCAGGUAAAUCAACAACAACAGUGUGGAGACUAGAGUCUUGUGUACAUGGGCGGAAAUCCUGGGGGGGGGGGGGG